AUGAUUGAAGAUAUAUGUAGUAACUCUAAAAUAUCCAUAUCAAAAAGUCUUGAUUUUAUUUUAACAAAUAGUCAACUAUCUGAAUCUAAUGCAAAUAGAAUGAAUUACUUUUUAAAUAAACAUGAUAAUUCAUCAUUAUUAAUUUUAAAUGAAUAUAUUAAAAAUUUAACAGAAAAGUUAAAAGGAAUACAAAUAUCUAAACAACAACUAUAUAUAUGUAAUAUAAUUAAUUUAUUAUGGAUGUAUAUACCACCGAUUAUAUUUAUACUUGGAAGUUUAGGUAAUAUUUUAUCAUUUGUUAUAUUAAGACAUUCAUCAACUGGUUCAGUGACAACAUUUGUUUAUUUAAUUGCACGUUCAAUUGUUGAUGAAAUGGUUUUAACUAUUGGAUUAUUACGUAGAUGGAUUGAUAAAAUAUUUGAUACAAAAUUUGAGAAUUCAUCAAAUUUUAUGUGUAAAAUGAUACAUUUUUGGGGAACAUCAUCAAGUUUAUUAUCUGUAUGGUUAACUGUAACUUUAACAGCAGAACGUGCAUUAGUUGUUAGUUUUCCAUUACAUGUUUCACGAUUAAUUAGUUAUACUCGUGUGAGAAAUAUUAUUAUAAUUUUGAGUAUAUUAUGUGCAAUACUAAGUUUACAUUUUUGUUUUACAGUAGGAAUUACUUCAAAUUGUUCUCAUAAACUUUCUAAAUCAUCAUCAUCAUUAUCUUCUUCUUCAUGGUUAACAACAAAUCGAACUAUACAAAUGAAUUUAACUAUCCCAUUUAUUAAUCAUAAUAAACAAAUGAAAUGUUUUGAACAAUGUUCAAUUUUACCAAAAUAUUCUUCGUUAAAUUGGUAUUGGUCUUCAUUCGAUGCAAUUUUAUAUUCAUAUUUACCAUUUUGUUUGAUAUUUACUUUUAAUAUAAUUAUAUUAAAAUCAGUAUAUUAUGCAAGUAAACAACGUAAACAAUUACAUAUACAUAAUUAUACAUUAAAGUCUUCAAAAAAUCAAUUAUUAUUACCAACUUCACCAUUAAUAAAAACAAAAUCAAUAAUUAUUCAAAAAAAUAAACAAAUCAAUAAUAAUAAUAAUGAUAGUAAUAUAAAACAAUUAACAAUUAUAUUAUUAAUUAUAUCAUUUUCAUUUUUAGUUACAACAUUUACAAUUGUAUUUAUAAAAAUUUUAGCACAAGUAUUAGAUUUAAGUGGUAAAAAUAAAUUCAAUAUAAGAAUAUAUUUACGUCUAAUCGAUACAAUAGCUGAGUUAUUUAUGUAUAUUAAUCACGCAAUGAAUUUUUAUUUAUUUUGUGCAACUGGUAAAACAUUUCGUAAACGUUUAUUAUUAUUAUUAUUUAAUCAAUGUAAAUAUAAUAAACUUAAUUCAAAUCAAAUAAAUUUAAAAAAUAAUUAUUCCUAUAUUAAUUGUUUAAAUAAUUAUUGUUUUUCGUGCUUAUUAAUUUAUUUUACUAAUUCUAUUCAUAAUAUUAAUAACAAUAAUAAAUCAUUUGAUAAAAUUGAAAAAAAUCAAAUAAAAACAACAAAUAAAAUUAAUUAUGAUGACGUUACAAUAACAUUUCAUCCAGAAAAAUUAAAUCUAUGUAAUAUAACACAAAUGAAUGAAAUAUCAAAUAUUGGAGAUAAAAAUACAACAAUGGAAUUAAUAUCAUAUAGAUUAUGUACAUCUAUAUUAAAUAAUUCAUGUAAUAUAUAUAUUAAUCAUAAUAAUGAAGAUAAUUAUGAUUCUGAUAUAUUUAUUAAUAAUACUACUACUAAUAAUAUUACAUGUCUUCCUAAAUCAAUAAACAAACUCUGUAAUGAUAGUAAUGAAAAAUUCACAUCAAUAAUAAAUCAUUUUUCUAAACUUGAAAGAAUUCCUAAUCAAUUAUAUUAUGCUAGAAAGAAACUGUGUCAUCAUCAUUAUUAUCAUCGUCAACAACAUCGACAACAACAACAAGAAUAUAUCGGUAGGAAUUUCAGCUUUGAUGAAAAUGAACAUAAUAUUGAAGAUAAUGGAAUUAAAUAUUCAAAACAACAAAUAUCUAGAGAAUCUUUACAAACUAUAUAA